AAAAAAACGUCUCUCCGACAGACGGUGUCCGGCUCCCAUCGUUCACUUAAAAGAUUAUUUUUUAUUAUUUUGUCUCUCAGAGAUCAAGAUCUUCUCGGUCACAAUGAAAUCUCUGAUUUUCCUGCUUCUUGUGGGAAUACACGGCGCGACGGCAGCGACUCACUCUCUGAAGUAUUUCUACACUGCUUCCUCUCAAGUCCCAAACUUCCCAGAGUUUGUGGCUGUUGGGUUGGUUGAUGAUGUUGAGACGUUUCACUAUGACAGCAACACCAGGAGAGCAGAGCCGAAACAGGACUGGAUGAACAAGGCAGCAGAUCCUCAGUACUGGGAGAGGGAGACUGGGAGUUUUUCAGGUGCCCAGCAGACCUUCAAAGCCAACAUUGAAACUGCAAAGCAGCGCUUCAACCAAACUGGAGGAGUCCACGUUGCCCAGAAGAUGUACGGCUGUGAGUGGGACGAUGAGACUGAAGAGGUUAAAGGUUAUGAUCAACACGGUUAUGAUGGAGAAGAUUUCAUAGUGUUUGACUUCAAGACAAAGACAUGGAUCGCUCCAACACCACAGGCUGUCAUCACCAAACUCAAGUGGGACAAUAACAAAGCUAAGAUCUCACAGGAUGAGCAGUACCUGAACCAGAUCUGUCCUGAGUGGCUGAAGAAGUAUGUGAACUAUGGGAGGAGCUCUCUGCUGAGAACAGUGCCUCCCUCAGUGUCUCUCCUCCAGAAGACUCCCUCCUCUCCAGUCAGCUGCCACGCUACAGGUUUCUACCCUCACAGAGCUGCGAUGCUCUGGAGGAAAGAUGGAGAGGAUCUUUAUGAGGGCGUGGACCAAGGAGAGAUCCUCCCCAACCAUGAUGGAACCUUCCAGAUGAGUGUUGACCUUUCAUCAGUCAAACCUGAAGACAGGGGGAAGUAUGAAUGUGUGUUUCAGCUCCUUGGAGUGAAGGACAUCGUCAUCAAACUGGACAAAGCAGUGAUCAAGACCAAUGAAGAGAAGUCCCCUCCCCUGAUCGCCAUCAUCAUCGCUGCAGUGGCGGUUCUCGCUCUCGUCAUCGCCGCCGUUGGAUUCUUCAUCUACAGAAAGAAGAGUGCCAAGCGUCCUCCAUCUCAGUCAUGUAGCUCUACUACAUCCUCCACAGAGAGCGUAAACAGCACCACACAACUGAUCCCAGAGAAGAGUGAUGCUUAGAAGAAGAGGGUGAACUCUGCUCUGUGAGGAGUUGGCAACAUUGAACUUUAAGAGAACGCCUCUGCUUUAGAAGAGAAGUCAACCUGUUUAAUUAUCUGUAAUCCAAACACACACACAAGGGUUCCCACACCACCAGAAUGGAUUGAUUGUCAUUCACGUGGUUAUUCAUGUGGUAAAAAGGUACAAAGAGACUAAUCAACAAUUUUAUAUGAAAGAAGCAUCACUGUGUAAAGUUACAGGUGUAAAGAAUUAUCUCCAACUCUGCAGCUCUCCUCAGCUCCACAGAUCCUUUUAGUGACUUUCAGCUGGUUGUUUUGGUUUUGGUUCAGUCGCUCCUCUCAAUGUUCAGACACUCAGCAGUUUUCAGAGAUCUCUGAUGAACCUUCUGCUCGCUAACGGCAGACAGAGUUAGCAGCUAACUGGCAAUUAGCAGGUAAAGAAAGUGAAGCAGGAUGGAGAGUAACAACGCUUCUGUCCAGCUGUGUCUCUUUUAAGCAACAAUCCAAGUUGUAACAGUAGAUGAUUAUACUUAAGAUUACCGUCUAUUAGCAAACACUUCUUUCACUCCAAACACAGGCUGAGGAAUGUUUGGGUGAUAUUCAGGUUGUGGAUCAGUGAUUAGCGUAUUGACCAGGUAAAACCUCCACAUCACAAAUUCUCUUCAUCUUUACUGAACAUCAAAUAAUAAUGUUUCAAUCUACAGUGGAUGUUAGUUGCAUUAAAACUACAUGCACUGCAGCCCCAUCCACAUGAGUAUAGAUGCAUCAUGUUGACAUAUGAUGUAUAAAAAUGACCAAUGAAUUCAAAUACAAGAGAGGAUGACUCCACUGAUGAUAAAAUACUGUCUGCUGUAAAUAUAAGUGUCUAUAGAUUUUUUUCACAUUGAUUGUGUUAAACUGGGAAAUAAUGGUGAAUGGUGAAUGUGGUGAAACACAUUCAAGACGACCUUUUCUCUUCAGCUGAGAGUUACAACACGAUGUAUAAGAACAUUACAUCAUCAUUGCAUUUGCCAUUAAAUAAUAGAGUUUGAGGUUCUGGUGUUUAUAUAAUACAAAUAUACUAUAGCUGCAGUUUCUGGAGUGUUUGUAUAGAUGGUUUUACUGUGUUAAGAUUGAUGAAACAAUACAUGUGAUAAUACAUGUGAAUGUGUGACCCACACAUCUUGGGUGUUUUUCAUAAGUCAUCAAGUUAUUUUCACAAUUUCCUUUUGUCAUUUGUCACUACCAUCAGAUCUGUGCAUUUAUAUGUUGGAAAUGUUUGUGUUUUUGUUUUGUCAAGAAAAGUAAGUUCUUGAUUUCUGUCUUUUAAGGUGUUUGGUGUUUCUGAUGUAAGAGAUUGUUAUAUAUAUUUUGGUAUUCGGGAUGUUUCUGCUUGGUUUCUUUUAAUGAAUGCAACAUUAUUGUGUCACUUUGUUCCUUGGGUGAAGUUUUUGUAAAAUUAAUUUAAUAAAGAAUCUGAUUUAACAUC